AUGGGUGUUGGGUGUACCUGGAAGACUUGCAGGCGGGUUGCUGGCAAUUUCUGGGAGGGCUCCACUCCUUCAAUCGAGAUCGUGUAUGGCAAAAAUGAACCCCAUUUCGUAAAGUCUUGGAAGCAAGUGAGGGAAGAUGGAGAUGAAGAAAGUGAUGAUGAUGGUGAUGAUGAUGAGCAAGUAAAGUCUUGGAAGCAAGUGAGGAAAGAUGGAGAUGAAGAAAGUGAUGAUGAUGGUGAUGAUGAUGAGCAAGUAAAGUCUUGGAAGCAAAGGAAAGAUGGAGAUGAAGAAAGUGAUGAUGAUGGUGAUGAUGAUAGUGAUGAUGAUGAGCAAACUACUGUGGAAGGCAAAACUGUAUUGGCCAGUGCUGGCCUCGUGUCACUUCCCUUAAAUACAUAA